UAGUGGUGGUGGGGGAUUCAGCUUUUCUUAGAUACAAGUAGUUCCCUUCUCCAAGGGAAAAAGCCCACUUCAUUUAAUUCAAUUGAAAUACUUCUUUCGAGGACACUAUGUGGCUAAAGUUUAACUAAAAUCCAGGACCUUCAGUUCAAGACUAAAUUGCAGUCUCUAUUCUGCAAACCUCAUUGUGGUUUACCUGUUUGCUGCCAGUCAAUGUCAAACACAUUACAAGAUAUUGUCUUAAAUCUACUGCCACUGAUGUAAAAAGAGGUCAUGGUGAGGUUUAUUUCUGCUUCACUGUCAACCACCCAAUCAUGUUCUAGUUUUUUUUAAACAACUGAGAGGUGUGGCCUGAUGAAGGAGUGCUGAAUCUGUUAGUUCUGCUGCCGCUCCAGUAACUGAGAAUCGCUGUGGAGAAGAAGCCGACAGUAUGAUGCUGUUCUUUGUGAAUCUCUGCCUGCUCUGGACAUUAUGUGUGGCACAGUUAGAUGACAUCUCUCAGCCUGUUCCAUUUCAAACAGUGAAGCUCGGAGAAUCAGCUUCUAUUGAAUGUCACAUAAAGAGUGAAAUGUAUAAAAGAGUGUGGUACAAAUUGACUACAUUGAGGAGCCUACAGCUAGUGGCAACAUUUCAUACUAAAUUUAACAAAAGUCAAAUUGCUGAUACAUUUCGUCAACGUUACUCAGUCAACGCUGACAGAAUCAGCAGUAAUCUGAGCAUCUCUGCAACCACAUGGGAGGACACUGGAACAUACUUCUGUGGAGUAAUGUACUUUAGUGAUAUUCUUUUUGGAUCAGGAACCUUUUUGAUGCUGAAAGGUGCAAAUAUGAUCAGUGAUUCUGUUGUCCAGCAGCCAGGGUCUCAGACAGUCCAGCUAGGAGACUCUGUGACUCUCAGUUGCUCUGUUAACACUGGGCAUUGUGCAGGUGAACACACUGGUGUCAUGUGGCUGAAAAACUCUCUAGAUUCUGCGGCACAAAUUAUUUCCUCAUCUGGAUAUAAGAACCACAGCUGUGACAGGAGUGAGAGUGGACAAACGACCUGUGUGUACACCUUGCUCAUGAGGAACAUCCGCUAUGAUGAUGAGGGAAUGUACUACUGUGUUGUGACUUUAUGUGGACACAUGCUGUCUGGGAACGGGACCAGGAUUAACAUUCACAACACAAAACCAGUAGCAUUAAGUCCAGCUGUUAUUGCCCUGAUCCUGUCAAACAUCGCUCUGGGGAUUGUGACACUCGUUCUUUUAUGGAAAUUCUACACGAGUCGGAGAAAUAAUUCCACAGAGGUAACAGGUAGACGUUCUGAAGUCUGUCAGGCUAGUGAUGGAGUACUCUAUGAAUUUGAGUCUUCAGCCCCUGAAAUCCUCCAAAGAACACCUGAGGAGAAAACGAGUGUAGAUUCUGUGGUUUAUUCUGAUGUAAGAUGCUGCCAGAAGAACAGGGAAGCCUUGUUUCAGUAAUACAGAAAAACACGUACAGAUCAGCAAUAUGUAGCUUAUAUUAAAUGUAUAUAUGAUAUUUAGAGGUAUACUGAUAUGUGUAAUUUAAAACAAAAGAACUAUUAGGUCUCAUCAGACUUUAGAGGAGCUUGGACAUUUGGGGGGAACUCCUAAAAUAGCCGUCACUUCAGAAAGGAGACAGUUGAGGCGGUUGGGCGUCUUAAAAGGACGCCUCAUGGAGGUCUCUGGGCAUGCCUGACUGGGAGGAGUCCCUAGGUAGACCCAGAGUUCACUGGAGGGACUAUAUAUCGCAACUGGCCAGGGAAUUGCUGGGAAGAGGGAUGUCUGGAUUGACGUAUUUUGCCUGUUGCCACUGUGAAACACCCUCGGAUAAGCGGAAAAAAAUGGAUGGAUGGAUGUUGUACCCGGCAAACAGUCUGGCUAAUGUUCACAAAUUACAGUAAAAUGUUUAUAAUAUGACUGACAUACAUAAAUAAAGACUAUUUUUUUUAUAUUCAUAUCGAUUGUGUAAAUUACAAAAUAAUGUAUUUACUAGCAUCAUUGGUGCUAAAUGUAAUCAAUAAUUGUAACACCCCACCCUGCUACCCUGCUAACAGCUUAGCACUUCUAUAUGACUCCAAAUAAAGCUGCAAUGAGCAACGUCGCAUAUCUGCAGUGCAUGAGUUAGAUGACUAGAUGACUUGAAUUUGCCAAAUCCAUAGGCUGUAUAAAAAGAUGGACAACAUGACAGCCUCUUGUGACUGGCAGUAUGAAGCCUGCCACCUCCAUUUUAACAGAUGGGUCAAACUAUAAAAUCUAAACACAAAACAUUUUUUUUCAAACACUGAUUCUGCCAUUACAGUGAGUUCUUAUCAUGCUCAUUUAUCUCAAGUGUUACUUUUUGUUUUUGAGAGGUUUGCUUAAACAAAAUGGGUUCAUGUUACAGCUUUGUUGUUGAACAAUGCAGCUCUUGCAAAGUUCUGUACCACAACAGCAGAGCAGAGGAGGGAUGCUGAGAAGAGACAUAACCAAGCCUUACAGGCAGUUUCUAUUUUGUACAAGAUAUAAAGAGAAAGAGUUCAGAGAUCACUACUUUAAAGCAUAAUCUGUCAGGAUGUGAGCUUAGUCUCUCCCCGAGAUACAACUCUAACAACUCUUACUUAAUGCACUGCUGUGUCUGGAUGUCAUGAGCUUCUGGUUUUGUAUUUUGUUUCUAUCAGAGUUUAGAUUACCUUUCUUGUUUUAUUGUCUCAUUCUUCCUUGGUGUUUCCCUUGUGUGUUUCUUUAUUUUUUAAUGUUUCUCAGUUUAGUCUUUAAGGUUUCCUGUUUUACUUUGUCAUUUCUUAUCCUUUUGUUUCUCUCUGUCCUGUGUGUAAAGUAACAAUAGUGUCACAUUCUUGAGUUCUCUGUAGUGUAGUGUUUCCUGUUUUAUUUUGAAAGUCUUGUCCACAUUCUUGCCUUGCCUUACUUCCUCCCUUUGUCUGGUUUCCCACCCAUGUUGAUUGCCCUGAUUGUCUUCACCUGUGUUGUUAGUCUCACCUGUCACGUCUCAAACAUCCGUUGUCUUAAGUACUUUUGAACCCUGUCGUGCUUUUUCUUUGUUUUUUUUAACCCGUGGCUUCUCUUUGUAAUUUUCCUGUUUUUUUUUAUGUUGGAGUUUUGUUGGACAUUUAUGUAUUAUUUUGGUCUCCUGAUCAGGUAAGCUUUGCCUUUUGUUUCAUUAGACCUUUUUGAGCUCUGCAAUUGAAUGCUUUAAAUUCAGAACUGUGUCACUGGAUUUGACCAGCAGGCGUAAGAUAUUGAUACAGUAUUGCUGCCUUUAAAUGAGCUUGUCAUUUCCUUGAACUGCAUUUCCCAAUAUAUUGUUCUCAUCUUGUCUCACACUGGUAGGUGUGAAUUUUUGCCAGUUGUUAUUAUGAAAGAGUUGAGCCACUUUCUUGGUUCACUUUGGCCUGUUCUGACUUAUCUGGAGUCGAGUAACUGCUGCUUUAAGUUGAAGUGCAUGUCAAAUGUCUAUGUGGAGAAAAAUGAAUGAAUGGCCAUGCUAAUUGACUUUGGCUUGCCGAAAGGUUAAAGUCUAAAUUUGAAAUACAAAGCAAGGGCUUUGUGGUCAGUCCAGUCUGUCUCACAGAUUAAAGCGUCUUAAAAAUUUC